UGUUUCCUGGUGUAUAUAAAAGAGAAGAAAAUGAUAGCAAACGCAUCUUAAACAUUGGCACACAACCCAACACUGCUCAACUCAACUCAACUCAACUUAGUGAUCAGAAUAAGAGUUUAGUUCCAAUGUUGAAUUGUCUUCAAAAUCUUCAGAGGUUCUCUGUUUUACCCUUCGAUACAGUUGUUUCGCGCCACCACAACAUUCUCCCUUUCUCUUUUCUAUCCCUGACACAGAGAAUCUCCAGUAAAUCUCAUCACUAUCCAACCAUGGCACUUAAGGCUGCUUCUGGUUCUAUACCCAGUGCAGAGACAAGUAGUUCUGAUGUCAAGGAGGAAAAGUCUGAGACAUACAGUAAUAAUAUGACAGAAGCCAUGGGUGCUGUUUUGACUUAUAGGCAUGAAUUAGGAAUGAACUACGACUUCAUCUGUCCAGAUUUGAUUGUCGGAUCAUGCCUGCAGACUCCUGAAGAUGUUGAUGAGCUGCGUAAAAUCGGAGUCAAAACUAUUUUUUGCUUGCAACAAAACUCAGACCUAGAAUAUUUUGGAGUUGAUAUCAAUGCCAUACGAGAAUAUGCCAACACAUGCGAUGACAUUCAACACUUGCGUGCUGAGAUAAGGGACUUUGAUGCAUUUGAUUUACGGAAGCGGCUUCCAGCUGUAGUUAGCAAAUUAUACAAGGCAAUCAAGUCCAAUGGAGGUGUGACAUAUAUUCAUUGCACUGCUGGACUUGGAAGAGCUCCAGCUGUUGCGUUGGCAUAUAUGUUUUGGGUUCUGGGCUAUAAACUCAAUGAAGCUAAUACACUACUUCUGAGCAAAAGGUCAUGUUUUCCAAAACUGGAUGCCAUAAAGAGUGCAACAGCCGAUAUUCUUACAGGCCUCAAUAAAAAGCCUAUUACUUUGUCUUGGGAAGGUGGAAAUUACUCUUUGGUGGAAAUUUCAGGACUUGAUAUUGGAUGGGGGCAGAGAACGCGCUUAGAUUUUGAUGACAAACAAGGUUCAUGGUUUCUCAAGAAGGAAUUGUUCGAAGGGCGCUAUGAGUACAAGUACAUUGUUGAUGGGGAAUGGACAAUCAAUAAGGACGAACUUGUAACCUCUCCCAACAAAGACGGCCAUGUCAACAAUUUUAUCGAAGUCCUUGAUGACGCAGACGGUGAUCGUGCCUUUCUUCGGGAGAGAUUGACUGCUGAUGAUCCUGAUCUCACAAAGGAUGAAAGGAUCAGAAUAAAAGAGUUUCUGGAAACUUGUCCCGACGAGGAUUUCUGAACUGUCAACAAACUCGCUCGUUGAUAUAUGUAAAGUAGUAGCUACACGUAUAUAAAUGUACUGUCUAAUAAAAGAUUGAAUCUUGACCUUACUUAAGAUCUCUGAAAGUUAGUUUAAUAUUAGGAUGCGGCAGCUAAAUGAGUUUCAUAUUAAUCAAAUGUCUGUAGCAUUCUUUAACUUGUACAACACUUCAAUAAACCAUGAUAUUGUACGCACAAAUAAAUAUGAGAGUAAAGAGUUAUAUUCUUCUUUACA